AUGGAUAGUCACACAGUGAACAAGUACGACACCCUUCUCGUUCAGAUAGUUGAUUACGUGUAUCAUGGCGACAUAUCGAAAGAUGAUCAAGCCUUCAAUAUGGCAAGGUUUUCCCUCCUGGAUGCCCUGGGCUGUGCCUCUGAAAGCCUUGCAACCAACCAGGACGUGCACAAAUUGAUUGGUCAUUAUGUGCUAGGCACAGUUGUCCCCAAUGGCUUUCGAUUGCCCGGCACAGGCCUGACUUUGGACCCUGUGAAAGGUGCUUUCGACUUCAGUGUGUUAAUUCGGUAUCUGGACCACAACGACGGGUUCACAGGGCUGGAGUGGGGCCACCCAUCUGAUACGCUGGGCGCCAUCUGCGCCGUAGCCGACUAUGUCUCGCGGGCAGAGAAGAAGGCGGUCACCAUCGACGAUCUCCUGGCCGCACUGAUCAAAUCCUACGAAAUCCAAGGCCGUCUGCAAUUAGCCAACAGCCUCAAUCAGCGCGGCCUCGACCAUGUAUUCUUCGAACAGCUUGCCUGCUGCGCUGUCAUCAGCGGCCCUUCAUUCCUCGGCCUCGCCCAGGAACAAGCCUUGGCAGCGCUCUCGUUUUGCAUUCUCGACAACGCUCCCCUUCGAACCUAUCGCCACGCCCCAAACACGAUCCCACGGAAAGGCUGGGCCGGCGCAAGUGCCAGCAGCCGUGCCGUCCAGCUCGCCCUUUUAGCGUUGAAUGGGCAACCCGGAGCGCCAACCGCCCUGUCAGCCCCACGAUGGGGAUUCCAUGACGUGGUGAUGGGAGCAAGUAGAGGAGCGGAGCCCCAGAGUGCUAACGGCUGCUCGAAGGCGUUAGAGCUCGGGGGCCCGCAGCCGGCGCAAUUCGGAACCUAUGUGAUCAAAAACGUCUUCUACAAGCUCAUGCCGUGCGAAGGCCACUCGCUUACUGCUGUCGAGGCCUGCGUGCGGAUCCGACAAGAUUGGGACAAAAGAGGGGUAGCGUGGGAUGUGAACAAGGUGGCUCGAGUGAACGUUCGUACGCACAAUGGCGCUGUGCUCAUCAUCAGCAAGCCGGCUAGCAUGAGGUUGGCCAAUGCGGCAGAUCGAGACCACUGUUUGGAGUUUAUGAUGGCCUUGGCCUUGCUGAAAGGGUCGCCCCCGGAAUACGGUGAUUACAGCGACGAGUCGCCUUGGGCUAAAGACGAGAGAAUCGAUUUUUUGAGGCAGCGCUUUGUUGUUGUUGAAGAUGAGAAAUUUUCUGCCGAUUACCAUGACCCUGCCGUGAGAAGUAUGGCAAGCGCCGUCAGCAUUGAACUUCUUGAUGGAACCAAGAGCGAUGAGGUGAUCAUUGAAUUCCCGCUCGGAAACCCUAAGCAUGAUGGUACCCAGCGCACGGUGAAGGAGAAAGUCAUCAAGAAUUUGCGGUUAACGUAUGACGAAGACACGGUCGACGCGGUGAUCCAGAUGAUAGAGACCCAAAAGGAGGCGCGGGCAACGGCUCUGUUUGAAAUCCUUUGGAAAGGAGAUGAGAAGAAUGGAUUAUAA